GUUACAUCGCCCUUGAACAUUUGCAUCACAGCACGCAUUUUGAUUUAACAGCUCAACGACCAUUUAAGACACCACGAAUGAAGCGCGCAACUUCUCGUAAACCAGUACCAAGCGUAUCAGAUGGCGUCACCGGGGAUGCCGACUAUCAACGUCCACUCAUAAGUCCAAACAACUCUGUGGACGCAUCAUAUGCAUCCAUUGAUCAACAAGUGGAUGAAACGCUCGUUCGCCAUUCAGUCGAUUCGCACAAAUCUGUAAACUGUGAAGGAUACUUUGAGCAAAGUGCGACAACAAACAGAUCUAUCUCUUCUGAUUCUCAAACAUUAGAUCUUGAGGAGUCGUACACAGCUGAUGAACCUACAUCUUCGCAGGGUCAUGACCCUUUCUCAGACCACCACGCUACCACACACACUCAUCAGCAAACUCCUUACACUCAAUUGUCCCCAGCACGAGGACUCCCUCAACCACAAUCGAAUACGUCACACGAACACCUCGUCGCCACUCCUUUCAGCUCUACCCCCACUAUCUAUUCGAAUUAUGGCACAGGGCGAUCCCCUGGACUCAACAGUUCCGUCGAUCAUUUCCAGCACGACACCGAAGCAUAUGCAUCGGGUAACUUCACUCGCUCCUUCUACCGUCCCCCGAGAUCACGGUCGCCCACUCCGUUCAUGGAUGAAGAUUACAAACUUGAUUCCAACAACAAUACUCAUUAUACAGGAUACUCUCAAGCUCGCGAGUAUAACCCUUACGAAGACGAGAAGACAGUGUACAAUGACGAGUAUGAUAUCUCGCAGUAUGCUGACGUUCCCGGCACCGAAGAGUACUAUGAUGAUGGUGAAAAGACGCCUGAUGCUUCAGUUGGAUAUCAAGAAUCAGAGACACCUAUUGAGACCCGUCAUUUUGGACCUGCACCCGUCGGGCGCGUUCGUAGACGCCUGAAAAAGAAACGGGUGCAGCUGACAAAUGGCAAUCUCGUCGUAGACCUCAAUGUACCUCCAAAGCUCGUUCUCCCCUACAGAGGGGAGCCAGAGAUGACUAAGACGCGGUACACAGCGGUUACUUGUGAUCCCGACGAUUUCGAGAAAGAGAAGUUCUUUCUACGACAGAACGAGAAUGGCCGCACAACUGAGUUGUUUAUUGUUAUCACUAUGUAUAACGAAGAUGAGGUCCUCUUUUGUAGGACCUUGUAUGGAGUGAUGCGCAAUAUAGCGCAUCUUGGCUCGCGCAAGAAUUCCCAGACAUGGGGACCUGAUGCCUGGAAAAAGGUCGUCGUUUGUAUUGUGGCGGACGGCCGCAAAAAGGUCCACCCACGUGUGCUUGACUGUUUGACGCUCCUUGGAGUUUAUCAGCCUGGAGAUCAUAUGAAGAACAAAGUUAACGACAAGGAAGUCACCGCGCAUCUAUUCGAGUACACGGCUUCCUUUGCAUUGGAUCCGAACCUUCACUUCAAGUAUCCAGAUAAGGGCAUCGUGCCAACGCAAAUUAUGUUUUGCAUGAAGGAGAAGAACCAGAAAAAGAUCAAUAGUCAUCGGUGGUUCUUCAACGCCUUUGCACCCAUGUUACAGCCUAAUAUCUGCGUGUUGCUCGACGUCGGAACACGCCCAGGCAAUAACAGCAUAUAUCGGCUGUGGAAAACAUUCGACGUCAACUCAAACGUUGGUGGUGCUUGUGGUGAGAUCGCAGUAUACAAGGGCAAGAACUGGCAGUACUUGCUGAAUCCCCUGGUCGCGGCUCAAAAUUUUGAGUACAAGCUCAGCAAUAUUUUGGAUAAGCCAACGGAAAGCAUGUUCGGUUACAUCAGUGUCCUGCCUGGCGCUUUUUCUGCUUAUAGGUAUAUUGCCUUGGCAAACAACAAGGACGGAACAGGUCCUUUAGCUUCUUAUUUCAAAGGCGAAGUUCUUCAUGGCCACGACACUGACAUAUUCACAUCAAACAUGUAUUGUUUCAACCCACAGCGUAUCCUUUGUUUUGAGCUCAUAGCGAAAGCAAAUUCGAACUGGGUGUUGAAGUAUGUCAAGGGUGCCAUUGGUGAAACCGACGUGCCAGAUGCGUUACCAGAGUUCAUCAGCCAGCGCCGGCGAUGGCUAAAUGGUUCGUUUUUUGCAGCGGUAUAUGCUGUGGCACACGUAGGGCAAAUUAUGCAGUCUGGGCACAGUUUCAGCCGAAAGGUGACCCUCAUGAUCGAGACCGUUUAUAAUAUCAUCAACCUGGUAUUUUCAUGGUUUGGGAUUGGAAACUUUUACCUGUUUUUCGUCGUCCUGAGUUCGUCAUUAGAAGACAAGUCCUUUGGUGUGCCCUCCAUCAAAUAUUUCAAUGCCGUAGUUCAGUACUUUUUGGCUUCAAUAAUCAUCGCCUGCUUCCUCCUGUCCAUGGGGAACAAGCCUAAAGCGGCUCAUCGCAAAUACCUGCUAGCCUCACUUUUCCUGGCGGUCCUGAUGGUGUACCUCAUCAUUGCAUCUGUGCUAUGUGGUGUAGCUGCAUACAGCCAGGCCGGUGGAGGCGUGGUCCUUCUGAGCGUGGCGAUAACCUACGGAGUGUAUAUGCUUAGCGGCCUCCUGGCGUUCGACCCAUGGCAUAUGCUUACCAGCUUCGUGCAAUACCUUCUACUGAGUCCGACAUACGUGAAUAUCUUGAGCAUAUACGCGUUCUCAAACCUCGAUGAUAUAUCAUGGGGCACGAAACAAGAUGCGGUUCCAGACGCGGACCUCGGUGCUGCAGUACAAGACUCUCAUUCUCAAGUAGAUAUUGCUAUGCUUGCCGAAGCUGCAGACGUGAACGGUAUCUAUGAGGAGUCAAUUGAUAACCUGAAAUACCGGAAACCUGCAAAUAAAAACAAGGAUAAGGUAAUCACAGAGCGAGAGCGAGAAAUGGCAGCUAUCGACUACUACGCCAACGUCAGAACCAAUGUACUGUUGGCUUGGGUGUUGUCGAAUGGCGUACUCUUGCUCAUCAUUCUCUCCGGUUCCAAUUCAUCAAGCACUUUCAAUCCAGACGCAGGCGUAUCGCGGACGAAGGCAUAUCUAAUGUUUAUCCUUUCGUUUGCGGCAAUCACUAACUCAGUGCGGCUCGUUGGCUCAACCUUAUAUCUGCUAACGAGGAUAUUCACCGCAUGACCGAGCGGAUAUUAUAGUAGAAGGUGUAUCAUUAUUUUGAAUAUGUAGUCAAGUUUUGUCUCCAAUCAUGUGUGCGAAAAUUUUAGUUAUGUAGCGAUCACGGAUUCAU